GUGUACCUUAUCUGCGGUUCUCUGCUAGCAGAGACUUAUUUUCUCUGUAUCUCGCUGGGCUGCAAAAGAGGCCUCUGCUAGCAGGGAAUAUCUGCGGUGGAGGCCGCUUCGCUUCUAGUGUUAUUGUAAUUGUUCGACUGAGUCGAAUGACGGAUGCGUGUCAUUUCCCGUACCCCUUGUCAUCGCUUUUCCGAAAACGGACCUAUUCAUUACUUGUCAAAUUGACAUUGUUGGAGUUAAUUCGUAGCCCUCUCUUUUACUCUUAAUGUCUGCUUUCGUCACCUAGGUAAAUUCAAGCAGAUGUUAAAUGUAUGGAACAGAGUACUGCACACAUCUCAGAUUGGCUGCUAGUCAAACUUCAACUUCGUUAAAAUGUGGAACUCGUCAGAGCGAUCGGUUAUUGUGGGAGCUGCUUGUUCAUCCUUGCCCUUUACCGUUAACAUGGUACAGUACGUCCCUUCAUUUACUGCAUAUUUGGUUACUCUAUUUACAUGCGUGUUCAAUGGUAUCUCCUGUUCGCUGACAUUUCUUGCCAACUUACUAGUUUUCGCCGCAAUUUUGAGAAAAAUGGAGCUGCAAACGGCUCAAAACAUUUCAAUCUUGUUCCUGGCUGCUACCGACCUUCUGGUAGCUUUGAUCGCGCAACCCUCGUUCCUGGUAUUUCAAGCGAGCAAGGUCAAGGAUACUAAUGGUUUUUCGUGCCAUGCUCUGGCGGUCUACACUACAGCAGUGUUUAUAUGCAGCGGAUUAUCUAUUGUAACCGUUAUUUUGAUCACUCUGGAGAGAUAUUUCGCGAUUUUCUAUCCCUUUAAUUAUCAAAGAUUUGUUACAAAAAGCAAGAGCGUUUUUUUUAUUUCAUUGGUGUGGUCCGUCUGGGUAUUUUUCGUGUGCUACAUUCGUUUUAAGCCUGGAACAAACACUACUAUUCUGAGUACAAUCGCAUCUGUUUUGAUACUAACUUGCUUUGGCUUGACUGCGUUUGUGUACUUCAAAGUCCAAAAGCUCGUUCGAAGGGUGCAUUCAGAGGCAACACGGACGGAACAAGAACACAACAACAACACAGGGAACAGAUUGUCUGAUACAAAAAGCUCAAAGACUGUAGGUCUGAUUGCUUGUUCACUAGUUUUGUGUCUUCUACCGACCCUCUUAACUUCAAUAGUUUAUCAGGUAAAGGUUGUAAAUAAGAACUACAUCUACCACAUCAUCUACCCAAUCACUGAUUCUUUUAUUUUUCUUAGUUCAUCGCUGAAUCCCGUGAUAUACGUUUUCCGAAGUAGCAGGGUCCGUAGUAGCAUGAAACAAAUGCUGAAAAGGAACUAGCACCUUUUUCCUAUGCACAUAAAAUACACGUAAAUUAGAACGACUAAAAAACUAAUACCGUAAUUUGUAAAUAAGAGACAAAUGCCUUAUUGUUAACUUCGAUUAUGUGGAGCAUUGUGUUUUAAUCUCCUUGUAUACUUUUUCAAAACACAGCUUUUGUUCUUGUUAUUUACCGAUCUGUACAUAAUCCAGAAUUACUCGUCACAAGAGUACGCAGCUAUCAGUUUUUUUUUCUGUCCAAGUGCAAAACAAACUUUUGAACUCGACUUCUGUUUAAAGAGAAAAAAUACAGGGAACGGACGCCAGGUUUUGCUCUUUGUUUGUUUACAAUUAAAAACAAAUACUCUGUUAAAAAAAUGACGCGGUAUCUAUACUUUUUUUUACGAAUUCGGUGACUGGUCUUGAUUAAUUUUAUUUCUUCCCACCACCUGCUCCAGAAUCAUCUUGAUUGACAAAUAUUAAUUAGAAUAUAUGUGUCUAGUUGAAUAUGAUUUUUUUCUAGUUUAUUACUAUUUGCUGUAGAUAUCUCCAAGCCUUUGUCUUCACAGCAGUUCGAAUAAUAAACUUUACGAAAAAUUGUCAGUUCUAUUAGACAUUUAAUGAAAAUGUCUUGAGUCUUGGUGUGUUUGUCGCAGUUAAAACUCUUAUAACAGCGCCGUAGUAGGCCUCGAAAUAUUUGAGGGGUACAAAUAC